UGGGACCACGCAGCCAUCAUACCGCUUAGGAGACGCGUUCUUUGGUGUGAAAAGUGCAAAUCAAUCCCAGAACAACAGCAAAGGACCUUGUGAAGAUGCUGGAGGAAACGGGUACAAAAGUAUCUACAUCUACAGUAAAUCGAGUCCUAUAUCGACAUAACCUGAAAGGUAGCUCAGCAAGGAAGAAGCCACUGCUCCAAAACCACCAUAAAAAGCCAGACUACGGUUUGCAACUGCACAUGGGGACAAAUACUUUUUGGAGAAAUGUCCUCUGGUCGGAUGAAACCAAAAAUGGAACUGUUUGGCUAUAAUUACCAUCGUUAUGUUUGGAGGAAAAGGGAAUGCAAGCCGAAGAACACCAUCCCAACCGUGAAGCACGGGGCAGCAUCAUGUUGUGGGGGUGCUUUGCUGCAGGAGAGAUAGGUUCACUUCACAAAAUUGAUGGCAUCAUGAGGGAAGAAAAUUGUGUGGAUAUAUUGAAGCAACAUUUCAAGACAUCAGUCAGGAAGUUAAAGCUUGGUUGCAGAUGGGUCUUCCAAAUGGACAGUUUUAUUGCUUCUUUAAUCAGGACAAAAGUUUUCAGCUGUGCUAAUAUAAUUGCAAAAAGGUUUUCUAAUGAUCAAUUAGCCUUUUAAAAUGAUCAACUUGGAUUAGCUAACACAACGUGCCAUUGGAACACAGGAGUGAUGGUUGCGGAAAAUGGGCCUUUGUAUGCCUAUGUACAGAUAUUCCAUAAAGAAAUCUGCCGUUUCCAGCUACAAUAAUCUUUUACAACAUUAACAAUGUCUACACUGUAUUUUCUGAUCAAAUGUAUGUUAUUUUAAUGGCCAAAAAAUGCUUUUCUUUCAAAAAUAAGGACAUUUCUAAGUGAUCCCAAACUUUUGAACUGUAGUGUGUGUAUAUAUAAACUUAGCAAAAAAAGAAACGUCCUCUCACUGUCAAAUACAUUUAUUUUCAACAAACUUAACAUAUAAACAUGUAAAUAUUUGUAUGAACAUAACAAGAUUCAACAACUGAGACAAAAAACUGAACAAGUUCCACAGACAUGUGACUAAUAGAAAUUGAAUAACGUAUCUCUGAACAAAGGGGGGAGGGUCAAAAUCAAAAGCUACAGUCAGUAUCUGGUGUGGCCACCAGCUGCAUUAAGUACUGCAGUGCAUCAACUCCUCAUGGACUACACCAGAUUUGUCAGUUCUUGCUGUGAGAUGUUACCACACUCUUCCAUCAAGGCACCUGCAAGUUCCCGGACAUUUCUGGGGGAAAUGGCUCUAGCCCUCAACCUUCAAUCCAAGAGGUCCCAGACGUGCUCAAUGGGAUUGAGAUCUGGGCUCUUCACUUUCCCGUCUUGCAGGAAAUCCCGCACAGAACGAGCAGUAUGGCUGGUGGCAUUGUCAUGCUGGAGGGUCAUGUCAGGAUGAGCCUGCUUGAAGGGUACCACAUGAGGGAGGAGGAUGUCUUCCCUGUAACGCACAGCGUUGAGAUUGCCUGCAAUGACAACAAGCUCAGUCCGAUGAUGCUGUGACACACCGCCCCAGACCAUGACAGACCCUCCACCUCCAAAUCGAUACCGCUCCAGAGUACAGGCCUCGAUGUAAUGCUCAUUCCUUCGACGAUAAACGUGAAUCUGACCAUCACCCCUGGUGAGACAAUUCCGCGACUCGUCAGUGAAGAGCACUUUUUGCCAGUCCUGUCUGGUCCAGCGACGGUGGGUUUGUGCCCAUAGGCGACGUUGUUGCCGGUGAUGUCUGGUGAGGACAGGCCUACAAGCCCUCAGUCCAGCCUCUCUCAGCCAGUUGCGGACAGUCUGAGCACUGAUGGAGGGAUUGUGCGUUCCUGGUGUAUCUCGGGCAGUUGUUGUUGCCAUCCUGUACCUGUCCUGCAGGUGUAAUGUUCGGAUGUACCGAUCCUGUGCAGGUGUUGUUACACGUGGUCUACCACUGCGAGGGCAAUCAACUGUCUGUUUUGUCUCCCUGUAGUGCUGUCUUAGGCGUCUCACAGUAGGGACAUUGCAAUUUACUGCCCUGGCCACAUCUGCAGUACUCAUGCCUCCUUGCAGCAUGCCUAAGGCAUGUUCAUGCAGAUGAAAAGGGACACUGGGCAUCUUUCUUUUGGUGUUUUUCAGAGUCAGUAGAAAGGCCUCUUUAGUGUCCUAAGUUUUCAUAACUGUGAUCUUCAUUUUUUUUUUACCCUUAUUUUACCAGGUAGGUUGACUGAGAACACAUUCUCAUUUACAGCAACGUCCUGGGGAAUAGCUACAGGGGAGAGGAGGGGGAUGAAUGAGCCAAUUGUAAGCUUGCCUACUGUCUGUAAGCUGUUAGUGUCUUAACGACCGUUCCACAGGUGCAUGUUCAUUAAUUGUUUAUGGUUCAUUGAGCUAGCAUGGGAAACAGUGUUUAAAUGCUUUACAAUGAAGAUCUGUGAAGUUAUUUGGAUUUUACGAAGAAUCUUUGAAAGACAGGGUCCUGAAAAGGGGGCGUUUAUUUUUUUGCUGAGUUUUCAUUUCUCCUAACGUCAAAUUUUGAUGUGUUUUUUAAAUCCCUGGGUUGACUUCUCCAAAACGUAACAUUUUUGAAGGUAAUGGUUAAGGUUUUGGAUAGGGUUAAAACAUUGCGUUUCUGCAUUCAUUCUGAAUGGUUAAGUUAAGGGUUAAGGUUUGUGAUAACAGUUAAAACCAAAAAAGAAAAAAAUGUGUGUCUAACAACUAAGAUUGAACAUUGGACUUUCAGAUCUGGAGUCAUGGGAUUACACCUAUCUGCCACCCCAAUCCACAGUGUUUUUAACAAAACCCAAGUCUACAUGAUGGUAAUAGAGCUCACUGUUACCACUAGUGGCUGGUUUUGAAGGCAUUUCCCAUCAUCCUCAGGACAUGGACAUGAAAACAUGCAAAAUAAUCAAACCAAAUACUUUAUCUAACCUGUUAUACAAAGACUCAAUUUGUGUAAGAAAAACAUAAGGUUUCAAUAAGUAACCAGGCUGACAUGACAAUCAGAUUCUAGCUGCUUGUCUUAAGGACCUGUAAACCUGAUACUGUAGACGGCUGUCUGGGUGUAGUCAUAUUUAACUGCUGUGUUGUUAAGUUGCUAUGCAGAGGAAUCUCUGUGUCGCGGCCAAGAAAACAAACAACUGCUGGGUGAUUUGUGUUGCUGAUGGAAAUAUCUUCAUCAAAGAGCACAUAGACCUCUGCUGUGUAUAAUAGGUCUUUAAAGAAAUAAGGAGAGGGGAGGACAGAGCAAGAUAAAGAGGGAGACCCACAAACAGAUAACUGCAGGUGGAGGUGCUGUGCUGUAAAAGUCCAUUCAUGACAGCUCAUUUCUAAGCCUUAAUGAGACGUUUUAUCAAUGUCUACAUUCAGAAAUCAGAGCAUCAGCCCAUUUACCAUUUCGGUAAAACUUUCUAUGAAACCUAUAUGCAUUAUACAUGUACUCAUAAUGCACUUUGAUAGAGUAUGAAUGCAGUAAAAGCAGAGCUAUAUAGACGCACAUAAAGACUUAUAAUUCUGUAUACAAAUCAUAAUCACUUAUAAUAUACAGCAACAUUGUGCUUCAUAAUUGCUGGCAUUAUGCAUAUGGCCUUCAUAGAAAGUGUUUCCAUAAAUGCACCACUUCACCACAAUUCUUUUAUUUUAAAAUAAUACCAUGUGUUUUGGCCAGAUAUUGCACCUUUAUUAGAGGCCUACAGCUGUAAAGUUCCAUUUAAAAUCAAGAUUUGACCUGUGAUUUAUGACAUCAAUAUCUCCCUGGGAGGCUUUUGUAAAUUGGCUUUGUUUACUGGGGAGUGUUGGUGCAACGUUCGUUUCCAGGUAACUGUUACUAAGGGUAUUAAUUAUUGUUCUUCAGUAGAAAACUACAUGAAAACGAUGCAGUCUGUUUUGAUUUAUAAGAGUGAGUGUGAAAAUAGGUCAGUAACAACUUCAAAGUGAACAUUCUGAAAAGUAAAAUUGUGGUGUUGAAAGAUGUUAUGACCUUAAACUGGUAAUAUCUUGGCCUUGCUGGCAUACUUUCACGACACAGAAAAGCCAAGCAGAAAUUGGUUGAAUAAUAUAUAUAAUAUAUAUCUCCAAUAUUUGAAAUACUUAAGUAUUAAUGCAGUUUUUGCACUAUUCCAUUGGUUCCAUUGUACCUGGCAAGCAAAAUCAAGCGCACUUCAAGUAUUUCAAACGAUAUGUUGGCUUUUCGGGUCUGAAUCCAAGGUCAUAACACUAAAAAGGACAGUCUCUAUAUUAGGGAGAAAUAUAGAUAGACCACGAUGCAUUUCUGCCCACAGACAGAGUAGGAUUUUUAUACUUUCUGUAUUAUAUCAUAACCAUUUAAUAGAAGAUUUUUUUUACAUUUUUGUGGAGAAUCACUUCACAAGGCUCAUGAAGACGUUUAUAUUCUCACUCUUUCAACAGGUUCGCCACACCAGUUAUCUCAUCCUCUAAUGCUUCUCCCUCCCUUUGUGAAACUUGUUAAGCAAGCAGUGUUUGAAAACGUUCAUUCAUCUCCACUCUAUGCCGUUGCUGUCAUGGCAACCUGGGUAUGACAGGCUGAAAACAGACUGCAGUCUGAGCUUUGUAUGCAGUAGCUCGACUUUAGCAAAGCAGAGAAGGCUGUGUGUGGGGCAUCCGGUGGUGCUGUGCUGGAGGUAGGUUACAGUAAGUUGACAGUACUUGGCAGUUGACAGUGGUUCUACUAGCUAACAGAAGUUGUAGGAAACAGACUAAAAACAGACUGCAUCUCCUUGAGCGAGCUCCAUAUGCAGUAGAUAGAGAAGGCCACAGGGCAGGGGUAACAGUGUAGGACAAUUCUUAGGUUGACUGGAGGUAGACUGGGACCAAUAGUGCAGGUACUGCAGCCAUGCAACACCUGUCGUACCAGCCACUGCUUCUCAAUGGAAACAAAUACCUGCAGCAGAAGUGGGACAAGGCCUCCUAUGAAAUGCAUCUGAGAAAGGUCAAAUCAGCGAAACCCACCAUCGACACAACUGCACCUAAAACCUAUGGCCACCUUGCCCUCAAAAUUAAGAAACAAAAGUUUGAGGAGCAAAGGGAAAUUCAGAGGGAAAACAAUAUGCUGCUUGAGAAAAUAUCUCACAUCAUGAGGACUGCUGGUCGCAUCGACAACAGGAACGACUAUGAAAAGAAAAGUCUCUGCAGAGAGAUGCAACAGCAAGAGUUGCUCCGUAUCACCAAAGAUAACCAGUUGAUCCUUCUUCGUCUGACCCAGUGCCAGCCUCACUACAGCAUUAAGGACUGGCAUGAGGACUGGCUCAAGACAAUCAAGCUCAUGGAGAGCAUUGCACGAUAUCCACGAAGAGUUAGUGACUAAAAGGGACUAGGCCAGGCCAGUAAUAAAGAGCAGCAACACUGAGACUGAAGAAGAGGACGGUCUUCAUGCAGAACAGAGCUCAAACAGCAGCAUCACUCACAAUGGCAAAAGGGGAGUGUGAGGAAGAACCUGAUCAACAGGAAGAGGAGGCGGGCCUGUAGGAAACACCUGAGUCAUCUGACACACCAAACAAAGGUCCUAUAUCUGAAAGUCCCCCAAUACCUGAACCCCCUCACACACCUGACACACUAAUAAGCACAUCUAGCAGACCUGACUCACCAGUCAAAGACUGAGAAUAUGUGUAAGCACAAGGACAUUAAGAAGGGGUGAAGUAAUUUUUUGUCUAUUUGGUAGAUUAUUUACAUUUGCAAUGUCUCCAGAUGUUUUUUGAAAAUAUAUUACUGGUUUGUAUUAAAGGAAUUUAUAACUUCUC